CGGUUCCCAAUUCGUCGGUCACGACGUGACGUCGUAGUGACCGACUGAAAGGGAACAAUAUUAUCACUUGAUCUAACUUAAGGUUAUACAGCACAUAACGCUGCCUGUAAAUCUGCGAUGACUAACCCCAGACACAUGUAUAAUUACUCGCCUUUUAACAGUUGCACAGGAAAUAGGAACCACGUGAAUCUGUAUUUAUGUAUCUUAAGUAUUUAUAAUAAAAUGCAAAUCACUCACUAUUAGGGUACACUUUUAAAUCUUAUAUCAACAUAACACUAUAUAAUUAACAUUUCUGUCGUUCUCCCUGCAGAUCCUGUCAAACACAUCACCUGUCCGAACCUACUGUAUAGCUACACCUGAUUUUUAAAACCCAAAGGCACUUUUAAGAGUCAACCUCUAUCUCUUCAUUAUUUUCUUAUCUUACAUCUUCUCUGUUCUCAAUAUCUAUAUUUCUGUCCAUACUCUUCAAUCUAUAUCUUUAUCCAUACCAGUCUUUAUCUAUUGCUCUUACUUUUCUCUCUGUCUGUCUUUGUCUACUUGUCUGUCUUACCCAUCUUUGUCAGUCUGUCUGUAUCUUAUUAUAAUGCCAGGGGGGUCUACAAAAAAGAUCUGCCCCUUUUGUCAGGGCAUUUUAUUUUGUGCACAAAAGAUAUGUUCUCAUUGUAAAAAGGAGCAGCCUCUGAAGCAGCGCCUCAAGAAGAAGCUUGAGAGGUUUGAUGAGAAGCGAGAGGAAUGGGUGGUUGGUCGUAAGAAAAACCACAACACUGCAUCCAUCAAGGAUGAAGCCAAUAUCAUGCUUGAGAAACUCCAUGCCAUUGGCUACAAACCAGUUCUGCUACUAGGAAAGGAGAACAAAAAAAAAGACAUUAAGUGUGAAAUAUUAACACCUCGCUGCACACUCUCCAACUUUGCCCAGGACUACCUACAGAAAAUAGGUUCAUUUUAUGAAUACCUUUGUGAAGGAUGGACCCAGGAUUCCAGUGGCAAUGAGGAUCAGCUGAUUACUCUGCAGCUCACACCCUGCGAGGCAGGCCCCACGGAGGGGCAGAUGGAGCAGGCGGGACCAACGGAGGGGCAGGUGGAGCAGGCGGGACCAACAGAGGGGCAGGUGGAGCAGGCGGAACCAACAGAGGGGCAGGUGGAGCAGGCGAGCCUCACAGAGGGGCAGGUGAGCCCCACGGAGGGGCAGGUGGAGCAGGCGAGCCCCACGGAGGAGCAGGGGGAACCCACGGAGGGGCAGGUGGAGCAGCCGGAACCAACGGAGGGGCAUGUGGAGCAGGCGGAACCCACGGAUGGGCUUGUGGAGCAGGCGGAACCCACGGAGGGGCAGGUGGAGCAGGCGAGCCCCAUGGUGGGGCAAGCUGUCUUCACAGGGUCAGCAAGGGGCACAGUCGCAAGUUGCAAAAAGAAAAAGUCAGGAGGACCAAGGCAUAUGCCUGAAAGGAAAAGGCCACAAAAGAAUUGCUCCUACCACACUCGCCUAGAGGUGUUCCCCAUCAGGAGUGUAUUAAGAGAAAGAGUGAUAAAGGGCAAAGCAGAAAUGCUGGUUGACUGGGAGCCCUGUCCAGUAUGAUUAAACAAGCCUUUUAAACAAGUGUAAAGCACACAUCAUUACCGAACAUGUCUUUUUAUAAGUUUCCUUUUCCAUUUAUGAAGGACCACCACCAUUAGUGCAUGCAUGAAGGUGGUGUUCCUUCAUAGAUGGAAAAUGAAACUUAUACUUAUAAAAGACAUGUUCGGUAAUGUUGUAAGUUUAUUGGAAAACCACAACCAGUAACAGAAAAAAAUCCUUUCUGUUUUUAGUGGUGAGCAGUGGGCCCAUUCCUGGCAGCCAAAGGAUUCACUCCAAAAUAAUGAAAAUAAAUAAAAUGUAUGUUUAAAACUG